AUGGCUCCUCUUGUCCCCGUUUUCUCCGCCGAGAGCCUUCCAGACCACGUCAACAUCGUCACCAAGAACUUUCAAGAGAAGCGUCGCAAAGGCGGCCCUGUCGAGCUGGAGAAAUGCAAACUGCUGGAGAUGGUCCAAUACUCGUGCAAUCCGCCUCAAGAGGGUAUUCCUAAGCCGGGUGUGGUGAAUUGUAAGCCAAUUGUGAGGCUGUUCCGCCGAUGCGCUGGCGGAUUAACGGUGGAAACGACUGCUUGGGAGCCGAUCCGGAUAGCGAAAGAAGAAGCGGAGCGCAAACGUGCUGCGGAGAGCAGCUCAACGGCCUGA